UAGUCUCUCACUUUUGUUUUUAAUUGUUGAUAAAUUAAAAAGAAAAUGAUUUAACAAUGACCACACUGCAUGACAUAGUGCUAAAACAUUGAGGAUAAUUAAGAUCUCUCACCAUUUUCUUUAAAAAAAAUAUCUUCAUUAUAAUGUUGUACAUGACAAAGAACUGAAUGGUUAUUCUCCCUGGAAACCCAGAUGAAUUCCAUUUGAAUAACAGAAAUGUUUAUUGUAUUUUCAAAACACAAAGGCAGAAAAACAGCUUCUGUAAACAAAUAAACCGUCACUGUGGCAUGAUCAUAAUUGUGAUGUUUUGGAAGAAGUCUCCACUGAGAAUAAACAGGUUUAUUGGAUUGAAGGCAGGAAAAAAAAACAAGAUCCACCAAGAUCCAGACAAACUACAAACAACAGCUUCGGAAACAUUGCAUGUAACUUUAUUGACCUCCACUGUGGCCUCAAACAGAACAAAAAUAUUUCUAAAAUAAACAAUUCCUUGUAUGGUAAAAAAAAUAAACCCAGCAUGUAAUCAUUUUCACUGUACUAAAGUAUGUAAUCAUUUUCAUAAUAAAGUAGUAAUGAAUAAUAUAGCUUCGUGAUUGAAAAUAUUUCAACACCCUAUGCCCCUAUGGAAUACUAGCCUCUCAGUUAGUCAUCCCUACCAUGUGUUGCCCCCCGUGGGUCUGCUGUCAAGCCCCAUCCUCUGGUCAGCAGAGAAGGCACAUGCUGGCGUGCAGCAGAUUGUCUUAUCAGGGAAGGGCAUGGCUGCCCCGCGGCCCAGCUGAUAUGAGAAAUUCAACCCAACGAAACGCAGUAUGUCUUGAGACUUUUGUGACAUUACCAACAGGCGGGAAGACAAAAAAAAAAUGAGUGGAAAAACAGGACAAAGUUUCAUAGAUGUUACGUGUGUGUUAUGUUGUCAGACGCGCUGCCUGCAACAAUAUUCUUGCCUGAAUGUGUUCAGCUGCCAAUUGCAUGCUCCCCCUGAGAAAGAACUGUGAGGGGCUGGCAAACCUCGGAAGGCUUAAUGGGGGAGCAUCAAUGUCCAUCAGUGCCACUGGAUUCCGGAUGCAUCGCCACCCUCAGGAUUCAGAGAUGGACUUCACUUGGCAAGAGCUGAUGGCCAUCACAGAGUUACAGGAUCUAGAGGUUCAAAAUGACAGCCAGUAUGAGAACGGACCCUAUCCUCCUAUGGAGCCAGCAGUCUCUGUUGGAGGUUUUGGAAUGAAUCAGAGCCACACUGGCGCUCUAACUCAGGGGUGUGACGUUACCUCUGGUGGCUAUGAGGGAUCCUACCAUGAGGUGAUGCCACCAUGUCAACGGCUGGGACCGGGUAUGGACCCUCACUACGCACACUCUGGAAGUCAGCUGGCCUCCAGAUUGCAUCCCAAUACCCAGUCUCUUCAACCACCACUCAUGAGCUUUCUUGAGCACAUGAACUUGAUGAGUGCCAGUCACGGUCUUGAAAAAGACAGUUUUGGGCACUCCCACAGCACAGGGCUUGGGCCUAGCCACAGCAAACAGCAACAUGCAGCCAUUGAUGACAUGGAGUCUGACUCUGGCCUGUCGCUAGGUUCAAGCCCCCCACUAGCUUCUCCAGAGAACGGUGUCACCAGCGUAACUACCUAUGCUUGCACAGAGCCAGGAGUGCCUUAUGCUGAGGAUGAAAUGGAGGCAAGCAUGGGGGAACACUGCAGGAUGACAGGAGACAGCCAUGUUUAUCCCAUGGACUUCCAUCAUCACCACCAUCCUGUUAACCACUACCCAGGAGCCCCGUCCACCUCUUACUUCCCCAUGGCCCCCAGCUUGCCCCCCAUCCACCAACAGCACCAAUCACACUCUGUGUAUCCACUCAAGCAGCAACAGAUUUUACCCAGCACUGCCCUGCACCUCAACAGUCCUGGUACAUCCGGCAGCCGUGCAGGCUCCUGUACAAGCUCAUACAUCAGGCCAAAGGGGCAUGGUGCCCUCACACCUCUGAGCAGAGAUGAACGACGAGCUUCGGCUCUGAAAAUCCCCUUUCCUUUGGAAAAGAUAGUGAACCUGCCUGUAGAUGACUUCAACGAGCUGCUAACCCAUUACACUCUCAACGAGCCCCAGCUUGCGCUGGUGCGCGACAUCCGUCGACGCGGAAAGAACAAGGUGGCAGCACAAAACUGCAGGAAGCGCAAACUGGAGAACAUUGUGCAUCUGGAGGGUGAGCUCGGCCAGCUGCGCACUCAGCGAGAGCACUUGGCCCGUGAGCGCCUGGACUUCCAGCGCGGUUUGGCCACCAUCAAAUGUCGCCUUUCUGAGCUCUAUGCCAAAGUUUUCUCACAGCUCCGAGACGAAGAGGGCCAUCCCUACUCCCUUGAAGAUUACGCUCUCCAGCAGACCAAUGAUGGCAACAUGUACUUAGUGGCACGCAAUGCAUCACUGGAUGCGGAAUAAUACCAGAGGAUCAGAUGUGCUUUAUUCGCAACUUGCAUUAGACCAAUUUUUCUACCUGAUAUUCCCAUGUGCUGCAAUAUUAGCCCACGUAUCUUAGCAUCUGUUGCACAACGUGUUUGUGAUGAAACUUUAAAACAUGACUUAACAGGCAUUCCAGAAAUGUGCAAAGCAAUCAUGUUCCCUAAACUGCCCAGGUGUUUGAUACAUUUUGGUAGUAAAUGCGAUUUUAAAAAAAACCUCAGUAACAGCAAGUCAUCCUCUCCAGUCACAAGAACUUCUGUGCAGGCUGAUAGACAGGAGCAUUACAACCCCAAAUGGUUCAGAUGUAUUUUUUUUGUAUGCAUUUGCCAAUUUCUUGCUACCUUUGCAGAUACAAAUUCAAGACACAUUGUGUAAAAGUAUGAAAAUAUUUUAUUAAAAAUCUAUAAAAAAAUAAAAUCUUCUAAAAAAUC